AUGAUAAAAACUUAACUUAUCCUACCAUUAACUUUUUCCGCCGAAAUACUAAAGCAAAAAAAGAUUGUCCUAGAGAAAGCUUAACGAAGCAAAUCAUAAGUAACACUCAAGUCAAAGCCAUAACAAGUAGAAAUGGCUGAGAAUGAAGAAAAUUAUGUUUAGGUUCAACCAAAAAGAUCUUCAAGAAAUCGCAUCAGGAGACUAAAAAAAUAGAAACUUGUCAUCUUAAUUGAAGCUAAUUUAAUUUAGAUACCUGAAAAUAUAAAGGAGUUCAUGGGAUUCAAAGAAUUCAGCGAAAAACUAAGAAACUUUUAAGAUGGAGUCAGCUUAAUAGAUUUUCUUAAUCAACAAAAGCUUAUGGAAGAUGAUUUGAGUGUUGCUCAGAAGUAUUACUACUACUUUCUGAUUAAACAAAAUAACUGGUGGCGAUUCGCUAUUAACAAAAUUUAAAAUAUCAUGAUAGCUAGUAAGUACGGUAAAGAACUUUUAAGCUAAAUGCUCAAAUAAGUUAAGGAGUCAUUGUAUUCUGAAAAGAAAGAUAGAAUUUUCCCCUUUGAUGCAAUAAAAUGCUUUAUUUCUUUGAGUUAACCUUACUAUGCUCUUGAUACUCUAUACAACCUAAAAUAAUGUGAAUACUUCAGAUCUGUAAAAACUAUCGAAUACAUAAGCCAGAUCAUAGAUAUUUCAAGUAAAUUAGGACUUAACUUCAUGAGAUACUCUUCUUCUUUAGUUUAAGAAGCUUGUCCAGGUAUCAUAAAGCGACUCAUUUCUUAUUCAACUAGAUUGACAAAGUUUCAUUCUCAUUUCCUCAAAAUUCUCAAAAUCAUAGAUUUUCUAGCAUUAUCUGUAUCUAGAACAGAUGUCCCUGAAUAUUAACAAUUGAUUUAGACUUAUAUAUGCUACAUUUAUGAAGCUUAGACUGGUAAACGAGAGCGCCAAUAAUAUGCAAAUAGUAUUGACUAUCUUAAUGAUUUGAUUGUCAUUUGUAGACAAUAAAAGAAAUCACUAAAACUAGGAAGAGCUAGGUACACUCGUGAGGAAGGAUUAAAGGAAAUUUUGGAUUCGCACAAAUUUCAUGCUGCUGUUUUACUUCUUUAGAUAACUGCAAGGCUAGUUAAAUCAUCAUUAUAUUUGAAAUAUCUGAAAACGAUAAAGGAUGAACUGAUUGCUAUAUUAUCGCUGUUAGCUGAAUAUACAACUAUAUUACAGCUCAUUUAUAUUGAGGAUGAAAGUGAUGAUAUAAAAAAUUUAUCAUAACAAGCUGAAUACAAUCUUUAAAACUUUGCUGACUACUAUUUUAAAAUAGACAAUUAUUCUAAAAUAAUAAAGACACAUAAGAAUAAAGAAGCAUUAAAGGAUUUUAACUAGUAACUCUACGAUAUUUUGUCCCAAAUAUUAUUCGCUUCUCAUGAUAGACCUAGUAUUUUCGAGAAAAUAAAGGGACUCAAGUUAUAUCAAUACAAACACAGAUACGAUUAUGCUCUAAUUAAUGAGGAAUAUAUCAAUGAAUACAAGUAAAUGCAAAGAGAUUUUGAUAACGUGAAAAAUCUCAAUAAAAUAUAUAAAAAUCAAGUUUAUGCAUAAGAGGCAUGA